AGAGUGAACCAGAAACAGAGGAAGGAAGGAAAAGGAACGAUUGCAGUUGCAGCAGCAUUGAAUACUCUAAGAUGAACCUGAAGACGAGCAGUGAGGUGGAGACUCGAGCUCUCCUUGAUAAGGUUUCUAGCUUCGACAAAAAUGAAGGGCUCUUCAACCUUGGCCACCCUCUUCUCAACCGCAUCGCUGAGUGCUUCGUCAAAGCUGCUGGAAUAGGAGCGGUUCAAGCUGUGUCACGCGAAGGUUAUUCCAUUGCUAUUCAAGGUACCAGGGGUGUUGAUAGCAACAAUGGCAGUAUACCACCGGAACUUUCAGGUGCCAAGAAAAAUCAUUUGCCUGGUCUUAGAGGAGAGACCAAUAGCAAAUCUUUCGAAGCCAUGGUAUUGAAAUCUGGGAAAGAGUCCUUACAAUGGGGGGUGGCUGCAGGAAUAUAUUCAGGUCUAACAUAUGGGCUGAAGGAAGCUCGUGGUGCUCAUGAUUGGAAAAACAGUGCAGUUGCUGGAGCAAUCACUGGGGCAUCCCUUGCCCUUACAUUGGAAGAUGUCAGUCAUGAUCAGAUUGUGCAAUGUGCUAUCACUGGAGCUGCAAUCUCCACUGCUGCAAAUCUUCUCACUGGGAUUUUCUAAAUGGAUACCCUGUGUAGAGAUUGGCUUUAGAGAUUAAUGGCUCUCUUUUUUCCUUUUAAAUUGUGACAGUGAAUCUUGUAUAUCUAUGAAACUUGCAUGGAUUUCUUAUCAAUGUUGACUUUAUUCUCAAACUUCUUGUCUUGCUUAAGCCUAUUUUUCUCCUUCAUAACUCUGAUUUAUUCGCAUGACAGGAAAAUAUGAUAAAAAUAGAA